AUGAGUGUAUUAACAAAUAUUCAAGAUUAUUAUGGAAUCAACGACGCUCAAGGGGGUCUGUUACAAACUAUAUUUAUGGUGUUUUUCAUGAUAUGCUCGCCAGUGUGUGGUUUCUUAGGUGACAGGUACAAUAGAAAAUGGAUUAUGUCAGUUGGCAUAGCAGUAUGGGUGUUUGCCGUGCUCGCCUCCACCUUUGUUCCUGCAAAUCUCUUCUGGGUGUUUUUGUUACUCCGCGGGAUAGUUGGCGUUGGUGAAGCCUCGUAUGCAGUCAUUUCGCCUUCCAUAAUCGCCGAUAUGUUUACUGGAGAGAACAGAAGUCGAAUGUUGAUGUUCUUCUAUUUCGCGAUCCCUUGUGGGAGUGGAUUCGGGUUUAUGAUCGGCUCUUCAGUAGCUGCACUCACAGGCAAUUGGAAAUGGGGCGUUCGAGUGACAGCUGUAUUAGGUGUUAUUUGCCUUAUAGCUAUCAUUGCAUUCAUUCGGGAGCCAGAACGAGGUGGAGCCGAGCGAGAAAAAGGGGAAAUCGCCACUGAGGUGGAGGCCAGCAGUUAUGUUGAAGAUCUCAAAAGCUUGUCCACAAAUCUCACCUAUGUCUUUUCGACGGCUGGCUACACCGCCAUUGUUUUCGUAGUUGGAACUCUUACGUGGUGGGCUCCAACAGCCAUUGAACAUAACCAUGCCAGUAAACAGGGAUUGAACAGCACGGAUGAACUCAACCCUGACACAAAGGCGCAGUAUGUCAUUUCUUUUUAUAAACCUUUUUAUUUGUAUAGUAUUUGA